UUCCUCGCAUUUUGCAUUUGGAUGAAAUCUGGAUGAAAUCUCCUUUCCUCUCCGCUGCUCCUUUCGGCCAGCUGCUAAGAUGGGCGUUUAGAUAAUAGCGGAGCUCUCCGCCGUACAAUCCUGUUAGGGGGUAUUCUGAAGGCUGAAGCCCUAAUAUUCGUAAACAGUGAGACUCAUUCCCGAGUAGUGCGUGAGACUACAAUCUUGCAAAGAUCCCUGGUAAAGCGGGUAUGACGGUGAUGAAACGUCUGGAUGGCCUCGGGAGCCUCUCUGUGUCUGAGCGGCGAAAAGAGGUGCUGGGCGGAGAGUCAGACAGGAGUCAUGAGGACUGCUCGCUACGGUUCCUUCCCCUCCCUAGAUAAGCGAGCUACCAAGUCUCGGUUUUUCUGAUCUGGUUGGUGGUUCUCACGACGCACUAAUCCGGAGCGUGUAUGUGGGCGAUUUGGAAAGAUCUUGGGCGUGGAGGGGGCCGCACUAGACGCGACUACGAAGAUGCAGCCCAUCCAAAUUCAGGGAGCACAAAAUAUUGUCCAUGUGAGCUGUGGAAAGGAACACUCCUUGGCUAUCUGCAACAAUGGCAAGGUUUUCUCCUGGGGAGCUGGCACUUUUGGACAGCUGGGCACUGGAGAACUUCGAGAGCGUAUAAUUCCAAAGAAAAUAGAUGGUUUAUCUACGCUUAAAGUAAUCCAAGUUGCUUGUGGAAACUAUCACUCAAUAGCACUGGCAAAAGAUGGCAGAGUCUUCUCAUGGGGGCAGAAUACCCAUGGCCAGCUGGGACUUGGAAAAGAAGUUUCUUCCCGGGCGACACCACAGCAUGUUCCUGCUCUUGAUGGCAUCCCAUUAGCUCAGGUCUCUGCGGGCGGAGCGCAUAGCUUUGCGUUGUCUCUUUCUGGAGUCGCAUAUGGCUGGGGAAGGAACCAUGCACAUCAGCUGGGUCUAAGUCCGACCCCCACAAGAGAGCAAGUCUUCAAACCAAUGUCAGUAGCUGCUCUGAGAAGCCUUGAUGUGACCUACAUUAGCUGUGGAGAUGAGCACACUGCUGUUCUCACCGAGAAUGGCAGCAUCUUCACGUUUGGAGAUGACAGUGCUGGACAACUGGGCCAUAGCUCUUCAGCCCAAAAGACUGGCCCGCAAAAGGUUGACUGGAUUGAUGGUCCAGUUUCCCAACUGGCAUGUGGAAGCUAUCACACUCUUGUUUUAUCUGCCUCUGGCCAGCUUAUAUCAUUUGGGCGUGGGCCCCUGCAACGCUAUGGAAGUGGAACAUCUCCCAGCAAACCGUAUAAUACACAGAGCUUUAACAUCAGUUCUCUUAUUUCUCCUAAUGAACUGUCAAGCGUCCAAGUCAAAUGCAUUUUUGCUGGAACAUACGUCAGCUUUGCCAGCAUGUGUCCAUCACAGACGCCUACAUGCGCAAAUAGAACCGUCUCCUGUGUAGAAUCCUUGCUGAAGAUAAGCCAGGUGGACAGGGUGCUGAUCGAUAAAUGGAUGUCGGCGGGAGCAGAAAGUGAAAUGCGACAGACGGCUAAAAGAGAAAUAGAAGCAAUAUUUUCUUCCCCAUCUUGCUUAACAGCAAGUUUUUUGAAACCAAGGUCUGCUUUGGAACUUGGCUGCUGUAUAGCUGUUGAUCUACAAAAAGCAGGAGAAGUAUUCAAGGAGCUUACUCAAAAGGACUGGAUUGCUGGCAGAGUUUGUUAUUCUCUGCUGAACCACCUGAUUCCUGCCCUCCCGCUGAAUUCUCCUCACCAGGAGGCUCUUUCUAGCUUCCUCCUGCUCCCUGAGUGCUCUGCAGCCCUUGAAGCACAGAACCUGAAGUCCUUGGCAAUGCCCUUCGCCAAAGCCAUCAGUAGCAUGAGCAAGCGCUCUUUGGAGAUUCUAGAGAAGUAUUGGUUGUUAUUGCCAGAUUCUACUUUUGACAGAGUAGUUCAGAUGCUUAAGAGAGCAGUGAUAUCUCAGCUGCCCUACUACUUGGCACAUCCCCACUGCUUGGAAGUGGUUCCUGUCCUGGAAGUGCUUAAAAAGCUAUACAAGGUAAACAAGAAGGCUAAUUACAAGCUCCAGAUUAGCAACUUCUACAUAAAUGAAAUUUUGAAGAAAGUUGGCCUUGAAGAUUUAAGAAGAUGGUACAUCUGGAUUGAGAAGUCUCUGCCUGUCCCUGAGGAUAAGUAUCCGGUCUCUUUCUGCCGCUUUCCUUUUGUCUUCGAUCCACAGUCCAAGAUGUGGAUAUUCUACUGGUCAUCUCAUUUCCAGCAAGAGGCAAAUGCCAGACAAGCAUUACUAAGCAACCGACUGCAGAGCAGUGGCGAGGCCCCCAAGUUGCCUGUUUUUCUCCUCCGGGUGCAGCGCCAUAACCUUGUGGAAAGCACCUUGCGCAAACUGAGUCGGGUGGAGGAUUCCUGCCUGAGAUGUCAAUUGAUGGUUGAAUUUGAAGGAGAGAUGGCGAGACAUGAAGCUGGAGGGGUCUUACUAGAAUUUUUUUGGUAUCUAUUUGAGGAGAUGACACAUCCAGAAUAUGGCAUGUUCAUGUACUGUGAGCACAAUUCUCCAAUGUGGUUUCCUGCCAAGCCUUCAGUAGAAAUGAACAAAUACUUCCUCUUUGGGCUCCUCUGUGGGCUCUUCCUCUUCAACAGAGUUUUUGUCUAUGUGCCUUUCCCACUUGCUGCCUUCAAAAAACUGACAGGCCAGAAACCUUCCCUGGAUGACUUGAAGGAGCUGAGCCCUGUCUUAGGGAAGAGUUUACAGGCAGUUCUUGAUUAUGAGCAUGACGAUAUUGAAGAAAAGCUUCAGCUGUGUUAUUCUAUAUCCUGGGACAACUUGGACAUAGAUUUAAUUCCAAAUGGCAGUUCGGUAGCAGUGAACAAUACAAACAAGAAGGAUUUUGUCAACAAAUACGUGGAUUAUAUCCUCAACAAAUCAGUGAAUGGAGUCUUUGAAGAAUUCAAGAGAGGUUUUUAUAAAGUCCUUGACAAGCGGAUUGUUGGCUUCUUUGAGCCUCAGGAACUGAUGGAAGUGGCAAUUGGGAAUGAAAAAUAUGACUGGGACAAACUGGAAAAGAAUACUGUAUACUGGGGGGUAUACAGUGCCGAACACCCUACCAUAAAGAUGUUCUGGGAGGUUUUCCAUGAGCUAACUUUGGAUGACAAAAAAGGCUUUCUGUUAUUUGUUAGAGGAAGUGAUCGAAUCCCCGUAACAGGAAUGGACUCGGAGAAGAUUACAAUCCACUCACAUAGGCUACUCACAGAAGAUCACAUCCCUGAAGCCCAGACUUGCUUCUCUAUUUUGUUCCUGCCGCCUUAUUCUACAAAAGGAAAACUGAAGGAGAAGUUUCUCCAAGCUAUUGAGAACAAUCGGGGCUUUGGCAAACAGUAAACCUGACGAUCUGUAUUGUGAGUUUUGCACGGCACACUUUGCAACUUAACCUCUCUCAGAUAUGAAGAAAGACUGCCUUGCCUUAUGUGGGAUACCAUUCGCUGGCCUGUUAAUGGGACUCUGGUCAAUUGAUUGUCAGUGGUUUUUCUCAGUUCUAAAGCAUUGCUUUUUAUUUGCUGGUAACCUGCUUUGCUACGUUAAUAGUUAACUAAACUAGUUCCAUCUCUUACUCAAACAGAUAUUUCGACAUCUUGUCUCUUUCUCGAACAUUGGCACCAUUAAUUUGGCUAUUCCUCAGAAUCCAAACAAAGUUCCUCCCAAACAUUUGCAUUUCCCUCAGUCAGAUUAAAAACAGUACUUUUUUUUUUCUUGGUGAGAAUUUUAAAGCUUCCAUCACAAAAGUGCAAAGAUUUGAAUGUAAACUGACAUAUAGUGCUACCGUCUCACCUGGAUUGGAAAUGUUGAUUAGUGUCUUUUAACAUAGUCAGUGGUGAUAUGUGAAUCCCCACUUUUUAAUCUGGUCACCUGUGUCUCCACUAUUACCUUCACCAUCCUGUCCUCUUGCUCCCCUUUGCUGUGGAGAAGUUUCUUGUCAAUUGCAUGACCACAGUGAAGGCCUUUCUUCUGGAUGCUGCAGAGAUUAGGGUAAAAUCCUAGUCGGUGUUUGCUUUAUCUUAAUUAAAAGAUCAUGGUGUAUUCCAA